UUUGGGUGGCGGGAAAGAGGAAAAGGCUAAAGCCAGUUCCUUGUUUUAUUAUGGGGCAAGGGUAGGGGGUAGUAAUCUUGGGGUUGUUUAUGGGGUUUCGGGAUGUUUUGGAAGGGGAUUAUUAUAAUGUGAGAGUAAAGUAAACAGCGGCCAAGGGUGUAUAUUUAUGGCUACGAAUGGCAGAAGGUGGAUUCAUAAAUUAUGUGGUAAUCUUUGAAGAUGAAACUCACUGGAGCGGCUGCUGUUAAUGAGAUACACACACGUUGUGAUAUGCAAGUGAAAGUGGUGAACAACAAAACUUCUUUGAAAAAUGUUCCAAAUGCAGCACUGAAGAUAUCCAAGAACAAUUUCAGACCACUUGCUGGGAAAGUGUUUUACCUUGAUUUGCCUGUUGGUAAAGGCUCUGAAAACCUUGAGAAGGAUAUUCAGACGUUAGGAGGGACAAUUGAAAGCUUUCUGAGCAAGGACAUCAGUUAUCUAAUUUCUAACAAAAAGGAAGCAAAGUUUGCUCAUUCAUUUGGACGGAACUCUCCUGUGCCAAGUCCAGAAUCUGCAGCAACAGGGAACAGUUCUCCUCACCCAAGCAGCCGAAAAGGUAGUCAGGAAGGGAAUUCUCAUCGAACUGUGCAGGCUACAGUUGUGAGCCGAGGGAAAUCUCUGGUUAAGAAAGUCAUUAGAGAGCAGGAGGUAAUUCCUGUGAAUAGCGUUCUUUCAAAUGCUCUUGCUUGGGGAGUUCGAAUAUUGUUCAUUGAUGAUAUCAAAUCAUAUAUUGAAAAAAAGAAAAAAGAAUUGUCGUCAAUUCAGAAGUCGCCUUCACUAAAAGAAAAGGUAAAAAAUCAUGUCGCUCCCAGAGAAGCUGCCAAGAAAACAAAAGCUGGAAUAUUGAAGAAACCUUUUAUAAAAGUGGAAGACCGAAGCCGUCACUAUCGGCCACUCUAUCUACAGUUACCCAACUUUCCAGUGAUCACAUAUCAUACUCCCAGGCCUUAUAGCCCAUUUGACAUGGAUAAAAAAAAGCAUGCUGCAACUAAAGUAAGAAGCAAUGAACAUUACAUGACUAAAAGUGAACAAGGCAAUGAAAUGAUUCGGCCAGUGCAAACACUGAGAGAAAAGAAAAAGAAGAAGGGGUACUGUGAAUGCUGCAUAGUGAAAUACGAUGAUCUGGCCCUGCAUCUUAAAGGUGAGCAGCAUCGGAAGUUUGCAGAAGGUAGUCAGUACCAGGUUGUAGACAAUGUAAUUUCACAACUGAUGCACAAUUUUUUAGGGUACAAGAAUGAUAUCAAAAGACCAAAAUAUAGUGCUGGUCUGAUACUGAAUCAGUCUGCUAUGCUGACAAAUGCAGAGAAAGGAAGCCGAACAGACACAGAAUUAAAAGGAAUCCAUUUGUCUGCUUCGGCAAACUCCUGUUAUACUACUGCCAACAGAGAAAUCAAGAUAUCAUGCACUGAAACAAAACAAGCUGCUAUGCAGCAAAAUUCAUUUCUUCCCAAUGCAUCUUGCACUUCGCCAUCUUUUGUGGCACUGAGCCCAGCUGAAGAUGUUACUAAGCUGAACAAAACUGAUACAGAAAGCAGAACACUUGAUGAAUCUGUAGAUGUAAAUGUUAGUCUAAAAGGUACAGGAAGCCUCAGAGCCUGUGCCGAACAUAAAUGUGAUACCGUUGAUGAACAUACCCUGAAGUGUCAGAGUGAAGCAAUUACAUAUCAGAAACGUAAACAGGAUGGUAUGGAUGUUUGCCCAGCAAAGUAUUCCAGACUUGUAGAUUCUGACCCAGCAUUUUGUGUCUCUCUCAAUACUCAUGACAAAAAACAAAAGAAGAAAGAAUGUUUGCCUUUGGGUUCAGCAUACUUGACAAGUGCUUCCCCAGUAAAGAAAGGAAAUACUUUGGAAGAAAACGGUACAAAUAAUUCACCUUACAAGAAGUUGUACCGGAAAGUAAAAUUUUCAUCUAGCAGGCAAAAGAGAGGAAACUAUGAGUACAGCAAGCAGAAAGAACAGAUCUUAGUUUCAGAAGAAACCAUUUCCAGUUCGUCUGUAGAAAAGUUGUUUGAAUUAUUUCAGAGUACUGAUACUUCAUCUUCAGAGUUUUGGGGUUUUACAUGCUCAUCCAUAGAGGACUAUUCUUCUUUGUGGUCAUUGUUUGCACAUUCAUCCUAUUCUUCGUUUUAUGGAUUUUAGUGAUUUUUUUAAGUUUUAUAUGUUUAACUGGAUGAAUCGUAUUGUUGAAAACUGUCUGAAAUUGCAUAUUAUUGAUAGCAUGUAUUAUUUUGUUAAAAAAAAAAAGAAGAAACCAGAAGCAUUGUCUACCCCACAAAGCACAUGCAGGCAUUAAAAAUCAACAAAAAAUAGAAAAUA